AUGUCCAGUGUAGGAAAAUUGAAUGAAGAAAUUUAUGCUAAAUGGAAGUCCAUCCAUGCUCCUUCGGAAUCAUCAGAUAUUUCUGAAGGAACAUCAUUUAAUAUAUCUGAUGAUAUUCCAAAGAUUCAAAAUUUGAUAGAUGAUAGCCCAAAUAAAGAAGAGCUAGAAUUAGAAAUAAAAAGAGCAAUAAUGAAGUAUUAUUGGAAAGGCUUUUACAAGGCAGUCUUGUCUGACCGAUAG